UGCCAAGAUCAGUCUUACUUUACAUCUAGAAUUUCUAGACUUCUUCUUGACAUCCACUUUCUCGUGCACUAGCGACCAUGGCCGGUAAUACUACUGAUGGAAAAACCCGAGAGACUUGGCCGUCGCGAACAGCGUUCUACUUUGCAGCUGUUGGGGCUGCAGUGGGAUUUGGAAACGUUUGGCGUUUUCCAGCCCUCUCGGUCGAAUACGGGGGAGGCGCCUUUUUUAUUCCUUACCUUAUGGCGUUGUUCCUCAUCGGCAUUCCUAUUUUAAUCCUUGAAAUAGGCUUCGGACAAUUUUUUCAGUCUGGCGAUGUUGGCGUCUUUGGGGGAUUUCAUCCUCGUCUUCGGGGUGUUGGUGUUGCAAGUGUGGCAUGCGGUUUCAUGUUGGUUGUUUAUUACAGUAUGCUCAUUGCGUGGGUUGUCAAUGCCUUCUUUGAUAGCUUUGGUAAUAACGAUCCGUGGGGAGCUCCAGACAUAUCCGGAGAAGAAGCUGUCGAAUAUUUUACCAACGUCAUCAUCGGAGCUGAAACACUUGGCCAAGACGGACGCCCAACACGAUUGGUAGGAGCGAAUGUUGGAUAUUCGUUCUUGGUCUGGGUUAUCGUCUUUUUUGGUAUUGGCUUUGGCGUCCAGUGGACAGGUCGAAUUUCAUACGUCACAAUGGGCCUUCCUGUUAUCCUUCUUUUUGUCUUCUUGGGCCGGUCCCUUACUCUCGAAGGCAGCAGCGAAGGAGUCAAGGAGUAUAUUGGACGCUGGGACGUUAGUGUUCUU